GCUCACUGUAAAGUCAUUGUAAUGAUUUACCCAUAAAACACAAAGAGUGUGUCUUGUGACUGAUAUCACGUGACGGAGACAGACAAAUGACUGGAGGAUACAUAGGUUGCUGGUCUGACGUUCUUCCCCAAUGCUUCGUAGGAGCAUUGUUGUUAUAGAUGCGGGGUAUAAACACGCAAAGAAAACGUGUUUUAUUUUUGAGCAACCGUGGCGAAUUCUUAGGUUUUAUAUAUAUUUGAUGCGCGAUAAUUUAAUGCAUUUAUUUCUAGUUCCGUUCUCAACAUUUACUUCCAUUCAAUUAUUUCCUGACUGGAAUUCUUAAUUUGACAGAGUUUAGCGCCAAGGUGGCUGGUUCCGGCACGCGGAAUUAUCUCGCGUUGCUUGCGGGCACAAUGAGAGUUGUACAAUUGACGUCGGCUCAACUAAAGGAAAGAGGCACUUUUUAAAGGGAUCGGUCAGCUACACGUGAAGCCAGCUAGCCAGCUAAAUAUCGCCUGCAUUGGGAGUGUGUUUGAGGUUGAAAGGUGCGGCUAGCUGGAAUAUUUUGUGUAAAUUAAAAUGGCUACAGUAUCGUUACCAGCAAACGUCAGCGUCAUGUUACUGGACAUAGAAGGGACCACGACACCAAUUACAUUUGUCAGGGACAUUUUAUUUCCAUAUAUCAAGGAGCAUAUUGAGGAGUAUUUGUCUACACAUUGGGAAGAGGACGAGUGUAAACAAGAUGUGCAACUACUAAAAAAACAGGCAGAGCAGGAUGUCCGGGAGCACCGAGCAUGCCGAGUGCACAGCCCCGACCAGACGGUGCACACGGACGAGGAGAAGGCCAUCCGGGAGGUGGUGGACAAUGUGCUCUGGCAAAUGGCAGCUGACAGGAAGACCACGGCGCUGAAGCAGCUGCAGGGGCACAUGUGGCGUGCAGCCUAUAUGUCUGGGAAAAUCAAAGGCGAGUUAUACCAGGAUGUCGUUCCUGCCAUCAGGCGCUGGAGACAGCAGGGCCUCAAGGUCUACAUCUACUCCUCGGGAAGCGUGGAGGCCCAGAAGCUGCUGUUUGGAUAUUCUGUCGAGGGAGACCUCCUAGAGUUAUUUGAUGGACAUUUUGAUACCAACAUUGGCCUUAAAGUAGAGAGUAAAAGUUACCAGAGGAUAGCAGAGAGGAUCGGCUGUCCUCCAGAAGAAAUUCUGUUCCUCACAGACGUCACAAGAGAGGCAAAGGCCGCAGUGGAAGUGGGCAUGAACGUGGUCGUUGUGGUGAGACCAGGCAAUGCGGAGCUUGCCGAGGAGGAGCGCUCUCACUACAGGCUCAUCUCGUCCUUCAGUCAGCUGCAAGCAACUAAUUCUGCCUGAACAGUUACUUAGCGAGAGGGUCGCAUGGACCCGGAGCUGCUUUUUUGGGUCAGGUGGGAACUGGGGCCAGGUGAAGACAUUUGUGCAUCCAUUGCUGAUCACAUGAACGUGGGUCGAAACACACCUAAGGUUUUUUUUUUUUUUUUUUAAUUAUUUUUAAAUAUUUAAGUUUUGAUCCAUGCUAUCUUGGAUCAUUGUGCAGUACGGUGUAACUUCAGCGGAUAGGACUUAACAAAACAUUCCUGAGAUUUUUAGAGGUUUGCUUAUUUAGUUUUGAUCUUCAGUUCAGUUUAUCAGACUAAUGCCGUAGGCUAUUCUGAACACAUUUGGGCAAAUAAACAGAAAUAAUGAGUCCUUUUUAACCUUUAAGAACCCUAGAUGUAUUGUACAUGUAUUUCAUAGCAAAGAAAGAGUACAAUGUGCAUGAAAACUACUAUGACAUUUUUCCUCUGGGAUGUAUACUUGCACAAUGCAAAUAUAGGUUAAUAAUUAAAGCUGGAAGGCAGGAAAAAUGCUUACCAAACUUCUAGAAACUGGCACAAAUAAUGAACCAACAAUGUUCAUCUGAACCUUAAUACAUGGAUUAUCAUCAUAAAAACAACAAGCAUUAAAAUGAUUAAAAUGGGAAAAACACCCCAAAAGACA